AUGGGUCUGUUAAUGAGCCACAAGAGGGCGUACAACUGGUACAUCUCUUGUGUUGCAGCAUCAUGUAUGGUACUCUACGGUUACGAUGCAUCUGUAUUCAACUCGGUCCAGGGUUCCAAGAACUGGCUGGCUUGGAUGAACAACCCAAAUGCCAACACAAUCGGUUCAAUUAAUACAGCAUAUACGGUCGGCGCUAUCUUCGGUGGUUUCUUCCUGGGAGGACCCUGUGCAGAUUUCCUGGGCCGCAAGCUUGGGAUGGCCAUUGGCUGUAUUUUGGUCAUUAUUGCUACAUUUAUGCAAACCUUUGCUCCUCGCCACAAUCUUGCUACCUUCCUUGCGGGUAGAUGUAUUAUUGGUAUUGGUCAGGGUAUUGCAUUGACUGCUGGCCCUAUCUACAUUGGCGAAUUGGCCCCAGCAGAGAUCCGAGGUAAAAUCAUGACCUUUUGGCAGAUGUUCUACUCUGUUGGAUCGUUCAUCUGCUUCUGGGUCAACUUUGCCUGCACUAAGAAUGUUGACAAGUUGGGUGAGUGGGACUGGAGAUUGGUUGUCAUUUUCCAGCUUUUGGUUCCUACUAUGAUUCUUGCCCUGCUGCCCACUGUCCCCGGUAGCCCUCGUUGGUAUAUCCAGAAAGGCAAUAACAUCGAGAAGGCUCGUGAAGCCCUGCAAAGAGUGCGCGACAAUGAAGACGAAGUGGAGCAAGAGUUGCUGGAGAUUCGCGAGGCCAUCGAAUAUGAGCGGGAAGCCAUUUCGAGCAACUACUCUGCUCUCUGGAAGGACAAGUCUCUCCGCAAGCGCAUGGCUCUGGCUCUAAUCCUUAACGCCGGCCAACAAAUUACCGGACAAGGCUCGCUCAACUCAUACUCCACCAAGAUCUACCAGAAAGUCUUCACUAGCGACAGCCAAAUUGCUCUGAUCAACGCUCUGAACGCCACCUUUGGAAUCUUCUUCACCCUGAAUGCCGUCUGGAUUAUCGAUCGUUUCGGAAGAAAGUUCCUUCUGAUUGUCGGUGGUAUCGGCAUGGGUAUCUGCAUGAUCAUUGUCUCUGCUGUCGAAACUGAAACACCACAACUCGCCGAUGGAUCUAAAUCACAACCCGUCGGUAUAUCAAUUGUGUUCCUUAUGUUCUUGUUCAUAUUCUUCUACAAACCAUCUUGGGGCGCAACAGUAUGGAUCUGGACGUCUGAGAUCUUCUCAAUGAACGUCCGCGCCCAGGCCGUGGGCAUGGCAUCGCAGACGCAGAACGUCGCCAACGCUAUCGUCCAGCAAUUCUUCCCUAUUUUCCUCGACAACGAGGGCUUCUAUGCAUUCUACAUGUUUGCCGGUAUCAACUUCCUACUUGCUGUCUUCGUUUGGUUCCUUAUUCCAGAGACCAAGAUGGUUCCUCUUGAGGAGAUUGAUACUCUGUUUGGUGGCGCCAAUCACGUUGCUCAGGGAGAGGAGGUGAUGGCGCAACAGAAGGGAGCCCAUAUGAGGGACGAAGAAAACGAGAAGGCCAAUGCUGUUAAUGUGGAGCAUGCUCGAAGCUAA